AUAGCUCGAAACGCGUAAGCUGGACAAUCAACCGCUAUGGAACGCGUCAUUUGCGUCAGGAACACUCCAUCUUGAGCGUGUAAUACCACUUGGUUGCAUCUUGGGGGCGGUGCUACAGUCCGAUAGCCGCUUGAAGGGGCUAGUUAAGUAUAUACUUUUGCCCUAGGUCCUUGUCCCUGUAAUUCAUACAUCUUCUACGCUUGUUUCCUCGAUCGUAUACCCCACAAUGACGCUUAUCUCGAGGGCAGUUUUGCUUGCGAUAACAACGACAGUCUCCGCACAGUACGUUCCAGGCGGUCGGUACGGCCCAGACGGCUCAAACAAUGAUGGGGGUUUCGGCGGGGGUAACAACAAUGGAGGAUCCGGUAGCGGGCGAGGCGGCCCUUCACAAUCCUUCAUCGACAGCCGGCAAAGGAUGCUCAUCGCACACGGCGUUCUAGCAUCACUCGCUUUCGUUAUCCUCUUCCCCGCCGGCAGUAUCCUCAUCCGCCUUGGUUCCUUCCGUGGUGCAUGGCUCAUCCAUGGCCUAAUUCAGAUCUUCGCAUAUCUGGUGUAUACCGCAGCAGUCGGCCUUGGAAUCUGGCUCGCUCAUCAGGCUCCUACCCAGGUGGGCCUGCUCCAACGAUACCAUCCCAUCAUUGGACUCAUCUUGUUCGCCUUGUUGUUCUUCCAGCCCAUAAUGGGCUAUGUGCAUCAUCUCCGGUACAAGAAGUUCCAGCGUCGCACACUCUGGUCUUACGGCCACCUCUGGCUGGGCCGGAUCGCGAUCACACUAGGUACGAUCAAUGGCGGACUCGGUCUACUGUUGGCGUACGAUGCACCUUUCGGCUUCGCACCCAGCAAGGGCCAGGUCAUUGCUUACGGAGUCAUCGCGGCGCUCAUAUGGCUGCUGUACGUUGCUGCAGCCAUCCUUGGAGAGCGAAGGAGAGUGGUUGCUAGAAAGAAUAUUGAGGAAGAGACCGAAAAGGCAGUCAUUAACGAGAGCUCUCCAGUUAGCUCGCUGGCUCCUCACACAGAGCGCUAUGGGUAAGCCAAUAAUCACUUUCAUGUACAGCUAUGCUGGAUUUACACAAACACCGCUGUGAGCAGAGGAAAAUUAUCGUAGUCAUGUGCCAUACCUGCUGGGAGCGUUCCCCGACACCCCUAGCUGUACACAGAUACAUCUCCAUCUGCAGACCCAUAUUCAGAUUCUCGAACGUGGCCCAAAUGAUGAGUGAGAUGUAAGCUCAUCAGUAAGGGGAGAAUUUGCCCUUUGGCACCCCUAGAUAAAGCCACAAUCCUCAAUUCUGAGUAACUUCAGAUCACGCA